AUGAUGGGUGUGGACUGGUCCCCGGGCAAUAGAGAUCCACGUGGUGGCAAUGCCCUGCUAGGAGCUGCUAUAGGUAUUGCAGUCGUGCAGAUACUCUUCGUUGCUGCAAGAUUCUUCACUCGGUUUAUUCAACGGAUGAAGAUCGGGGUUGAUGACUACCUGAUCCUUUUUGCCUUGGCGGCAAGCUUAUCGAUUUGUUCGGUAUACAUCUACCUGGCCAAAGCUGGAGUUGGGAACCCUGACAGACCUAUGGCUUCCACGCCUGAAAAUAUGAUAUUUCUGCGAAAGAGCAUCUUCAUUCUACAAAUCCUGAAUUAUCCACUUAGUUUGACUUCCUCCAAACUUGCUCUUUUGCUGUUCUACACACGAAUUUUCACGCUUCGCAAAUUCCGAAUUUGUGCUUAUUGUGUUGGUGCAUUGGUACUUGGGGUGGGUGUGGGAGCUUUGUUCGCAACUUUUUUCCAAUGCACGCCUUUCCCAUACAUCUGGAACAGGUCAAUCCCUGGAGGGUCAUGCGUGUGGCGAAUCUCAAUCUAUCGGAUUCUCUCGCCAUUCAAUGUGUUGACUGGAGUUCUGAUCAUCAUCCUGCCAAUUCCGUCUGUUUGGAAGCUACAUGCACCCCGAGGACAGAAGGUCGCACUGACCGGUGUGUUCCUUCUGGGUGGAUUAGGAACCGUGGCCAGCAUCUUGAGCUUGGCGAUCUUUUUCUCCGAGGGACAGGUAUCCAUCAAUGAUCCUACAUUGGGGUUCUCGGUCGAACUGGGUAUCCUCGUGGCACUCGAAAGUGGUAUAGUCAUCGUUGCAUCUUGCCUUAUGAGUAUUUGGCCUUUGUUCACCAAAUUGGUACCACAACGUUUCCAAUCCUGGUUCUCUCGCACCCCGCGCAAAAGCGAACACCAAAAUUGGUAUCUUACAAACAACCAGACCAACAAAAGUAAAACCCAAGUUGAGCGUUGCAGGGAGGUUCCCUUGAUCAGAGAAGAUGCUUGGAAUAGCUCACAAUCUUCUCCUUGUUCGUUGGCGGACUUGGAGGAUCAGAGAUUGUCCAUUCUUGUUGAUGACACAAUGAUGAGGUCUUGUGUCAAUGAUCGAGAGGAGAAACAUGCUAAAAGUACUAUAUAG